AUGCCUCUCGCUUUUCAGGUAGCCAAUCUCGCUGUCAAGCCGCCCAAGGUGGGUGAGAAUGGCUAUCAAGGCUUCAACCCGCGCAAAGAGACUCUUCGCAAGGGGUACCAAAGCCGAGAUGGCGCCCGCGCACUCUCUGAAGACAUGAUCGCUGAGCAUGACGUCGCUGUCAAAGUCAGAGAUGGGUGUACUUUGUACUGCGACAUCUACCGGCCAGUCGGAAGCGAUGGGAGCGAGAAAGUGCCUGCGAUCGUGGCUUGGAGUCCUUUUGGCAAAAAGCAUACGGGUAUUGAUAUGAUGUCCAAGGUGAAAUGGGGUUGCGGUGUACCGAAAGGUUGCCUUAGCGGUCUCGAGCGCUUCGAAGGACCAGAUCCGGCGGCAUACGUCCCUCGUGGGUAUGCAGUCGUCAAUGUGGAUGCACGAGGUGCGGGAGACUCCGACGGAGAUAUUGUCAUCAUGGGAAAGCAGGAAGGUGAAGAUGGGCAUGACGUGAUCGAAGAGCUCGCAAAGAUGGACUGGUGUAACGGCUCAAUUGGACUGGCAGGCAACUCACAUCUCGGCAUCGUCCAAUGGUUCAUCGCCGCAACACAACCCCCCUCGCUCAAAGCCAUCGCACCCUGGGAAGCCUGCGGCGACCUCUACCGCGAGCAAUUCGUGCGCGGCGGAGCCUGGGACAACGGUCUUUUCGACUUCAUAACCGAGCACGUAAUCCGAGGCAAAAACGGCCUCGAAGACUUCAAAGAGAUGUACCGCCGCUCCUCAACCAUGAACCCAUACUGGGCAGAUAAACGCGCCGACAUCGCCAGCAUAAAGAUACCUACAUACAUCGUCGCAUCCUACUCCAGUUUCGUGCACACCAUGGGCUCGAUACGCGGCUGGAUGCAAGUCGACACCAAAGAUAAGUGGUUAAGAUGGGACCCGUACCAAGAAUGGUACGAUCUCUGGGCGGUGCAGGAAUCCAUCGACGAACUCGCCUCCUUCUUCGACCGCUACUUAAAAGGCGAGAAGAAUGACUGGGAAAAGACACCCCGCGUACGCAUGUCCUCGCUCAACUACGGCGACAAAGAAGCCAUCUACCCCAUCGUCGAAGAAGACUUCCCCAUCCCGCGAACAGACUACCGCACCCUGUUCCUCUCCGCCAACAACACGCUUUCCGCCACCGCACCAACCACCCCCAGUACCCUAACCUACAACUCCGAAAGCAACACUUCCCCCGUCUCCCACGCCGCCUUCACAAUGACCUUCGACAAACACACCCGGCUCAUGGGCCUACCUAAAGCCGUCCUCUACAUGUCCUGCCCCGACUUCAACGACAUGAUCGUCUACGUCUUGAUCCGCAAACUAGACAAAGACGGUAAGCCCAUGAUCGCCAUCAACAUCCCCUGGUCCGCUGCGCCAUACAAGUCCGCGUCCGAAAUCCCAGUCAAGGAUUACUCGAAUUUGAUGGUAUACUACGGGCCCACGGGCGUGCUGCGCGCUUCGCACCGGAAAAUAGAUCAAGCGCAGUCGAUACAUCCGCAGUAUCCAUUUCAUACGCACGACGAGGUGCAGAAGGUCACGCCGGGCGAGGUGGUGAAGCUGGAGAUAGGGCUGUGGGCUAUGGGCGUUGAUUUUGAGGCUGGAGAAGGCAUUUCGGUGCAGGUUAGUGGUGAGUAUCCGCUUGUGCAGGAGUUUGGUCCACGGAAGAAAGUGGAGCUUGAGGAGAGGAAUAAGGGGGUUCAUAACGUGCAUGUGGGUGGGGAGUAUCAGUCUCAUGUUAUCCUGCCGUUUGUGUAA